AUCAAGGCCAAGGACCGUGAGCUGGCUGCGCUCGGCCGAUGCUGCAGACUCAACCCAGACACCAGACCAGACCAGAACAGACAAGACACCGGACCAUGUCUCUACCGCAACUCUGAGUCUGUAGGUUCCUUCUCUGCUGUUCGUUGCGUUACCUCAUGCCCUCCUCCACUUGGAACAGGGAACAUACUCCUUUAGCGCCUCACCAAGCCUGUUCGGAUAGCUUCAAAGGCAACACUCUGCCGCCCAACUACCGCCUCAUACCCACGUACGCGACCUUACCUUGUCCGACCUAACUAUCUGACCAUCCUUACCCCGACCUAACUCUGCUGGCCGAACCACAGGUUGACACCUUCAACCGCGAUGACGCCGUAUGCAUAGCAGCUUCAGACUCCUACAAGGCACCCAAGCUCACCUAACCCGUCCGACGAACAUCAACACUCCUACUCUCGACUUUUUCUUCCAGCCUACACUCUAACGAACUUCGAGCGUUUCUCCGUUGCCCCGCCCUCUCGGUGGCCCUGAUCGACCGUCUCCUCCCCCGACCCUCCGACCCCGCCGCGCCAGGCAUCACCCUGGCUGUCGACUGUCCAGCUGCUCGUCUCACAUGCUAGGUCGCACGCGACGUCACGGCCAACUCUCUCACCACCGCGCAACGAAGGCCUCGUCCUUAAUAAGCCCUAAAGCGAUAUCCCAUACGUUUCGGGUGGUCUCCAUCCUUCCGACGCCAUCCUCAUGCCUCUUGAAUCUCCCCUUCAAGGCUACGACCGAACAAAUAAUCCCAUAACCGCCAUCAUGGCGACCGAUGUCCACAAAACCGAUGCCAAAGGCGAUGCGAAAAGCGAUACCAAGGUUCCUGCGCCAGCUCCCAACGCGGGCUUGGUCAGGAAACCGAGCGAUCCUCAUCCGGCUGGUCGCGUCAAGCACAGCUUAGUAGUGCAGGUCCUUCGGGGCUUCUCAUUUGGCGUUUACUUUGCUGCUUGUUGCCUUGCCAUCAUUACGACCCAACUUUUGGGCGUUCCACUAUACUGGGCGAAUCGCGACAUGUUCUACUCCUACAUGGCGCUCACGAAGCAGUCCUUUGGCCUAACUAUCACCGCCAUGACACAUAUUUGGAGCAGUACUACCAUCAGGAUAAGCGGCGAUGCGUCGAUGAACGGGCAGAUCCAGAAGACGGCGGACGGAAGGGUCCAAUUCAACUUCCCAGAGCGCGUGGUGCUCAUCGCGAACCAUCAGAUCUACACCGAUUGGCUCUACCUAUGGUGGGUGGCCUACGCGAACUCCCCGAGCAUGCAUGGCCACAUCUACAUCAUUCUCAAGGAAUCGCUCAAGUACAUCCCCGGUGUCGGCGCCGGCAUGAUGUUCUACGGCUUCAUCUUCAUGUCGCGCAAGAUGUCGACCGACCAGCCGCGACUCGCGCACCGACUUCAGAAGCUGAAGAAGCAACAUAUUGGCGCCAACGGGAACAAGUAUCUCGAUCCCAUGUGGCUCCUACUCUUCCCCGAGGGUACGAACUUGUCCACCAAUGGUCGCAGGAAAUCGGCGGCUUGGGCCAAGAAGAACGACCUCAAGGAUCCCGAGCACGUGCUGCUGCCCCGGAGCACAGGUACCUUCUUCUGCUUGAACGAGCUGAAAGGUUCGCUCGACUACGUUUACGACUGCACAGUCGCAUACGAAGGAGUUCCCCGCGGCAAGUUUGGCGACCAGUUCUUCACUCUCACUAGCACCUACUUCCAAGGUCGGCCCCCCAAGUCGGUCAACUUCCACUGGCGUCGAUUCCGCCUAGCCGAUAUCCCUCUGGAUGACGCCAAAGUUUUUGACACCUGGCUGCGCGAGCGGUGGUACGAGAAGGACGCCAUCAUGGAAGAGUACCUGUCCACGGGACGCUUCCCCGCAAGCCAGGACCUAAAGGGUGGCUUCGUCGAGACGGAGGUCCGCCUGAAGAGCUGGAUCGAACUCGGGCAGAUCUUUGUUGUACUCGGCAUUGCCGGCCUCGUUUUGCGCAUUGUCGCCAAUUCCAUCACUAGAUUCGCUUCGGUUCUUUAGAGCAGAAGGGCAUGGCUACCUCGAAGACCUAAAAAAUCAGUCCGUGUUUGGGGCUAUUUUCGGUUCAUUGGCGAUUGGUUACAGGUACAUUAGCUACGGCAAGGUUAAGAUCAGAAAUGCUGUGAGUUACGGUAGCGAUUGAACUUUGGGACAUGGGAGCUUCGGCUUGAGUUUGAUGGCGUCCUUGGAGUAUCUGGCGUUGGGCUAUUCAGAUUACCUCUUUGCAACGAGAUACAGACUACAGUGUAUCAUCUACAUCAGCGUUUGCCCUGAUUGUGAUCGUUGUCCCUUUCCAUUCAUGUCUUUGGUCAACUUGAAGGACUGAUCAGGAGGGCGGACUUACGCCAGGGCAGAUAUCCUAGCUUUUGAUUAGACGUGUUCAGGUCUGUCUGGUCGCUCACUCUACCGAAGGUGACGCGGUAGGCCAUAUCGGUUGCCGCACUGAUGGCGCUACAGGGCACAGUCAUGCCCGGUCUACAUCUUUCCCUUCAACAGUCACGAUGGGAGCGGUUAUCUUUGCAUCUUUCGCCGUAGAAAGUCGACGGGGCAGGAGUCUUGUGGUCGGGUCGGUCUAACGAUGGAUUCGAGUGCUAUUUGUUGAUACUUUGCAGUGGGUUUGAGAAGCUCGAGAGCUCGCGGGUACGAAGAGGCUCCAUCUUAAAGCUGGACUAGGCGCGCUCGGUCUAUCAUAGUAGGGUCUUGUUCAGUUGGAUUCAAGGUGCCAGGACACGAAGAUCAUGGAUCGGACCGUGACGACCUUCUUGUUUAAUGUUGUAUGGGUGGCACGCGAGGAUGACGAGAUAGGGGGUUGGGAAUCCUCGGAAAUCCACGUUUCGACAAUAGGCUAUUACUCGCUUUCGAUAUGCCAAAGGUAGAGUACAUAGUACCUAGAUGAUCAGAGUUUUCAGUGACUAUUGGAGUAGAGUGUCUGAGCGCGAAGCAAUGCGUCUCUAUAGGUCUCUGGUGAGUUCAUAAUGUAGCCGCGCUAUAGGUCGGGAAUUUCGAAGCUGAUGAACUGGAGGACUGUGACCUGCUGGUGCAUGCUACGUGUAUUCCAGACGGAAGCAAGGUCUAUCCAGUGAAUUCAUGCCUUUAGCAGUCAACUUAACAGCCC